CUGACUUGCUUCAGGCAGUAAAUGCCGGGAAAAGGAUACCAGACAGAUUCAAGGCGAUACAGCGGUUUCCCGACCUAUAUGCCUACACUAUGCAACAUCGAAAGCGACCUUACAGUGCCUUACAAGGGAGUGAAACAUGGCUUCACCUGCAGCGAGCCCCCAGCCACAUCGGCUACCUUAGUUCCAUCACAACUGAUUAG